AUGGACACCGUUAUGAUGAAAUUCACCCAAAUAUUUCCUCGUUUUGUGUUUGUCUGCGUUAUAAUUACUCCAGCCGCGUCUUGGUCCGUAAACAACUUUUUGAUGACUGGACCCAAGGCGUUCCUCACCUACUCCAGCAGCUUGGCUGCCGGAGCGGAAUCUGGCAUUGACGAAUGUAAGCACCAGUUCGCUUGGGAACGCUGGAAUUGUCCAGAGAGCGCACUGCAACUGUCGACCCACAAUGGCCUCCGCAGCGCCACGAGAGAAACUUCUUUUGUGCAUGCGAUAAGUUCUGCAGGGGUCAUGUAUACCUUGACGAGAAACUGCAGUCUUGGUGACUUCGACAACUGUGGAUGCGAUGAAUCGAAAAGUGGCCAGGGUGGUGGUCGAGGCUGGGUUUGGGGAGGAUGCAGUGAUAAUGUUGAAUUUGGGGAAAGGAUUUCUAAACAGUUUGUCGACGCUCUGGAGACGGGGCAGGAUUCCAGAGCCGCUAUGAACCUCCACAAUAACGAGGCGGGAAGAAGUGCUGUGAAAGACACCAUGAAGCGAACUUGCAAGUGUCAUGGGGUGUCGGGAAGCUGCAGUAUCCAGACAUGUUGGCUCCAGUUGGCUGGUUUUCGAGAUAUCGGCAACUUCUUGAAGGUGAAACACGAACAAGCCGUUAAGAUUGAUUUAGAAAAGCGCCGGAUGAAAGGAGGGAACAGCGCGGAUAACCGCGCAGCGAUCGCGGGGGUGUUCAGCGCCGUCCCUCACACUGAACUCGUCUACUUGGAGGACUCUCCAGAUUAUUGCGUCCGUAACGCCUCGCUGGGGCUGCAGGGGACGGAAGGAAGAGAAUGCCUCCAAAGUAGCAAGAACCUCUCCCAGUGGGAGAGGAGGAGUUGCAGACGGCUGUGCGGAGAGUGCGCUCUCAGGCCGGAGGAGAGGAAAACGGAGAUUGUUACCAGUUGCAACUGCAAAUUCCACUGGUGUUGCACCGUCAGAUGCGAGCAAUGCAGGCAAAUCGUGACCAAAUACUAUUGCUCCCAGCGGGAGAAAAAUAGAUCGUUCAACAAUAACAGGCGUAAAAACCGGGCUCGGAGUUGGUGAACGAGGCACAGAUUGCCGCCGAUUUAAAAGACUUUAUGAUUUUGCAAUUGGCAAUCUCAAUUUUAUGAACUGAUCAACCGUGAUGAACAUCAUUGAACGGACAUUUUUCGUCUUAAUUUUUUAUAAUCUGUUUGAAUAUUCUUGUGAAAUGUUUUAGGCACAAGAUUUUACAUAUGUUUUACAAUAUAAAGUGAAAAACUUUCAAGGCUGGGGUUUAAUUACAUGCGGCUAAUCAUUGGGAAUAUUUUUUAAUCUGCAUGAUUAUUUAAUUACAUUGUGAAUUCAGCAGUUUCUAUUGAUGUAAUGUAGGGUUUCAAACUAUUUUGUUUCUGCACGUUUUUAUGCACUUUUUGUAAAUGAUUUCGCACUUGGUUCAAAAAUGAUCGCACUGUAACCGAAACUGCACGUAGACAUUUAGAUAACCUAAAUUAUCUACAGAAAAGGGGUUUGUUUUCACUUGAAUUCAAUUGAUUUAGUCUGAGCACAUUACAGCCAAUGA